AUGAGGAAACUGUGUCCAAAUUUUGAUAAGGUAGAUGGGUUGGAGACGGUGCUGGAGGUGCCAAUUCCAGAGGACAUGUGGACAAGCAUUGGAAGCAGUGGUUCAAAUCGUUGGCAGAACCUAAGAGCUCUCAUGAAAGCUCAAUUUUCUGUUACUGAUAAUAAAUCUUCCCAUUUCUCUGCUUCUUCUAACCAUGAAUUCGUCGCAUUGCUUAAGCUUGUUGGUUCUCCCCUCAUCCCUCUUCAGGUUCAAUCCGAUCACACCUUAACUCGCCCCCUCAAAGAUUCUUCCAUCGAAGCUUCGAGUGCCAAAUAUAUAGUGCAGCAGUAUAUAGCAGCCACUGGAGGACUGGUUGCAUUGGAUUCGCUGAAAAGUAUGUAUGCAGUGGGGCAAGUGAGGAUGUUUGGAUCUGAGAUGCGUCAAGGCGAAGCUAGUGUUUACCCAAUAGGAAGGGCUGAAGUAGGAGGUUUUGUGCUAUGGCAAAAGAACCCAAAUUUGUGGCACUUUGAAUUGGUUGUAUCCGGUUUCAAGGUUAGUGCAGGUAGUGACGGGAAGAUAGCUUGGAACCAGUCUUCUUCUCAACCUUGUCAUGCAAACAAAAGCCCUCCUAGACCCCUUCGCCGUUUCUUUCAGGGUCUGGACCCAAGGUGCACGGCUAAUUUGUUCCUAGACGCUGUAUGUGUAGGAGAGAAAACCAUUAACAAUGAAGAUUGUUUUCUACUAAAAUUAGAGACUGCACAUGACAUCCUCCAAGCACAAAACACGUCCCAUACUGAAAUUAUAAGACACACGGUGUGGGGAUACUUUAGCCAACGGACGGGGCUACUUGUCAAAUUCGAGGACACCAAGUUGGUAAGAAUGAAGCCAGUUAAGGGAAAUGACUCUGUUUUCUGGGAAACAAGCAUGGAGACUGUGAUUGAGGAUUAUAAGUAUGUAGAUGGCAUUAACAUAGCCCAUGGUGGCAUGACAGUGGCCAUGUUAUAUAGGUACGGUACGGCGCAUAAUCACAAGAGGAGAAUUGAGGAGACGUGGAGGAUUGAAGAGGUUGAUUUCAACAUUUUUGGCUUGUCCAUGGAUUGCUUUUUGCCUCCUUCUGAUCUCAAGAGGGAACAGGAAGGUGCAGAGCAAGUAGCAUAG